UCCCUCCCUCCAAUGCUCAAAAGACAAAAACCCCACCCUCUUCCCUCCCUCUCUCUCGCCAUUAAUCUCCUCCAAUCCUCCCCAUUCUCCUCAAACCCUAACCCUAACCCUAACCGAGCCCUAAAAACCCUAACCAAAGGCCCCGCCAACGCUCUCCACAUUUACAGUCCCAAUCCGAUCCCACCCAGAUCUUCAUCAAACCCUAACACCCAACUGAUCCUCUCUCUACUCUCUCAACCCCCAAAUCCUUCCUCAAAUCUCGAUACUCUCCUCAAAGACUUCAAACCCCAGCUGAAUUCAGCCCUAGUACUGGAAAUCCUCAACAAUUACAAGAUUUUAGGGCGACCCAGGACCCUGGAGUUCUUCUCUUGGGCUGGGUUCCAGCUAGAAUUCCGAUUCGACGACAGUGUCGUCGAGUUCAUGGCCGAUUUCCUCGGCCGCAGGAAGCUUUUCGAUGAUGUGAAAUGUCUUUUGAGAGCGGUUUCGUCUAAUAAAGGUAGAGUUUCGACUAGAGCGGUAGCUAUUUGUAUUAGGUUUUUAGGGAGGCAAGGGAGGGUAUUGGAUGCACUUGCUCUGUUUGAGAUGAUGGAAUUGGAGUUUGGUUGUUGCCCGGAUAAUUUAGUGUUCAAUAAUGUGCUUUAUGUAUUGUGUAAGAAGGAUUUAUCGGAGAAUUAUCUCGAUAUUGCUCUCUUGAUCUUUAGAAAGAUUCAGCAUCCUGAUGAGUAUUCGUAUAGUAAUAUUAUUAUUGGGUUGUGUAAGUUUGGGAGGUUGGAGAAUGCAUUUGAGGUUUUUCAUCAAAUGAGUCGGGGUAAUUUGGUGCCUACAAAAAGUGCGGCUAAUGUUCUUGUAGGGAGUUUGUGUGAGAUGUCGAGCAGGAGUCGGAUGGUUGAGAAAGUUCGAGUUACUAAUGUGCGAAGGCCAUUUGAUAUAUUGGUUCCAAAUGUUAGGGUAAAGUUUAGUAUUGAACCUGCAUUUAGAGCAUUUUGGGCGAUUUUGAAGUUGGGUCUGAUGCCUAGUGCUCAUAUCGUGAAUGGGCUUAUCUCAGAGCUUUGUCGGGUGGGAAAAUUUGAUGAAGCAGUUGAAACUGUGAAGGUGGUAGAAAAUAGGAAGUUGAGAUGCGUUCAUGACAGUUACUCUAUAGUGAUAAUAGCACUUUGUGAGGUUCGUAGAGUACAUGAAGCUUGUAAUUUGUUUGAAAGAAUGGUGAUAUUGGGAUUGAAGCCAAAGGUUUCAGUAUAUAAUUCAAUCAUUUGUGUGUAUUGUAAGUUAGGAAAUGUUGAUGAGGCAGGAAAAUACUUUGAAAUUAUGAACAAGAGAAGGUGCGAGCCAAAUUGUGGAACUUACACUAUGCUGAUCAAUGCUUACUGUGUGAUUCAAAAUUGGGAAUUAGCUUAUCGGUUGUUGAUAGAAAUGAUAGAGCUAGGAUGGAAUCCUCAUGUAGAUACUUACAAAUUGGUAGACGGUCUUUUGAAUAAAAAUGGGAGGUCUGAUUUGUCAUUGAAACUAGAGAGAAAAAUGGCGAUUCAGAAUGUAUGUGGCCAUUGUAAAGCUGGAAGAUUAGAGGCUGCUUGUGAUGGAUUGAACUCUAUGCUUGCUAAGGGAUUUCAGCUGCCAAUUUAUGCAAGAGAUACAAUUCAACGUGCAUUUAAGAAGUGCGGGGGGUGGAAGGUAGCUCAGGAACUCCUUGAAAAGAUGGAUAACGGUGGUCGAGCUUGACCUUUAUCAGGUUCUGUUAAUUGUUGAAGGCAUGGAGGCUGAAGCUCCGUACUGGGAUGGGAGUAUAUUCUAUACGAGCAGAACAUCAGAUCCUUAUUCUUUGAUACUUAUCUGAGAGCUUAAAGUGCUGGAUCAUAUACGUGGAUGAGAUACUCGAGGAGGUCGAAUAUGGUCAUUCACAGAUACUACAGUGGCAGAUUGGUGGAAGGGCACAUGGAGUAGCAUUCAAUUAUGAACUGAUAACCAGCUGUGAGUACAUAAUUCAAAAGAGAACGGCAUCAGAUUAUCCAUUUGGUAGCUAAGCUGAUCUGCAGGUUGCCUUUUAUACACAAAUUUUCAUCAAAUUUUUGUAACAAACAAAAUUAAUGGCUUCCCUUUUUCUUUUGGGUGACACCACAGGACAUUGAUGUUGAUAUGCAGGGAGCUUAAUUUUGUGUUUCGCUGCAUUUACUUGUACUCAUUUGUCUAUGAUGUCAACUUUAUGUAGGUAGGAUAUCCUUAUUGUAUCUUCCAUCAAGUUCGUUGUGAUUUUCCAACAUGUACCGAGUUCUGAUGAUGUGGUGAUGGUGACGAUGACAACCACUGCUUACAUCCCAACCUCAUUUAACUUGACUCUCACAUCAGUAGAUUCAAAACCAUGCUUGUUUUUGGUCCCUUGGAGAUCUUGGGGUAUGGAUUGCUGGCGCUACAAGCAUAUUGUCCCUCGCUCCAUCCCCCGCCUUGCGAAACAUCAGGCCAACUAAAUGAUUGCCAGCAAGUCCGCGGCUCUAACUUGGUUCUCCUCUACAUAGGACUCUACACAGUUGCUGUUGGAGAGGGUUGCAUGAAAGCAUGCUUAGCAUCAUUUGGGGGAGACCAGUUCGAUAGCAAAGACCCAGUUGAGUCUCGGCUCCAGUCGAGCUUCUUCAAUUGGUUCACCUUUGGCAUCUCUGUGGGAGGUUUCACUGGUCUAAUUCUCAUAGUGUGGCUUGAAAACAAUAAGGGAUGGGAUUAUAGCUUUGGAGUCUCGGCGCUUUUGUUUCUCAUAGGACUCUUGGUUCUAGCUAGUGGUUUCCCAUUAUACCGUAACCAGAAACCGAAAGGAAGCCCUCUAACUCGAAUUUUACAGGUUUUUGUAGCAGCAUUCAGAAAGAGAAACCUCGCUAGGCCUGAAACACUAAAAGAAUUACAGCAGGAAGAGGAGGAAGAGGCACUUGAUAGGGAAAAGCCUUCUCAUUCUAAGUGUUUGAGGUUCCUUGACAAAGCUUGUAUAGAUCAAGGGAAGUCUGGAGCUUGGUCAUUAUGCACUCCAAGUCAGGUGGAGGAGACAAAGAUCCUCCUUCGGAUGGUGCCAAUAUUCUUGAUCUGUGUGCUCAACUACACUCCUUUGUUCCUUCUCAUUAGCUUCUCAGUGCAACAAGGAAAUACUAUGAACACCAAAGUAGGGAAGAUCCACAUCUCACCUGCUACUCUAUUUGUAAUCCCCACAGCUUUUCAGAUGGUGAUCCUUGUAGUCUACGAUCGGUUCUUUGUACCCUUCGCUAGAAGGAUCACGGGCUACUCCAGGGGUAUAACUCCCUUACAACGCAUUGGUAUUGGUCAUGUGGCAUUAACAGCAGCCACCGGCGUUGCAGCCAUCGUAGAGCGAAAGAGACUGGAAAUCGUAGGAGAAAAAGGAUUAGAAGACCCAGGCACCGGUGUUACAAUGUCUGUGCUCUGGUUGACAGCGCAGAUCCUUUUUAUCGGAAUAAACAACGCAACCACAUUUGCAGGUUUAUUGGAGUUUUUUAACAGUGAGGCCUCUGGAGGAAUAAAAUCCUUUGCGAGCGCAUUAUUUUGGUGCACUCUAGGGUUGGGCUCUUUGAUGGGUACGUUCCAAGUUGACAUAGUGAACAAAGUCACAAGGCACGGUGCAGAGGGAAGAGGAUGGUUAGAGGGGGACACGCUGAACCGGAGUCGAUUGGAUCUCUUUUACUGGUUUCUUUUUGCUCAUGGAGGGGUGUCGUUCUUGAUUUAUUUGUACUGUGCAAAGAGGUACACGUAUAGGUGUGAUCCUCGCGUUAAUAACGUCAGGAAUGCGUAUUUGCACUGCCCGAAUCCUCCCGAAGACGACGAAAGAGUUUCUAUGUAAAGUCUUUUAAUGGUGUGUCAGGAAAAUUUAUUUUAGGUUCCAUGUUUCCUCUUCUAGUCCAAGUUUACCUUAACUGGAAACUAUAUAAAUUCACAGAGUUUUAUGUCCUGUAAAUUUAUCUCCAACACAUUUAUUUCUCAAAAGAAAAGAUGUAUGUUAUAGGCAUCACAAUGUUUCUCCGGUAUAUAAGUUAAAAAAAAC